GCACGCGGGGGUCCCAUGGCUGACUCUGCACUCCACCACUCCUGGCCGGCCUUCUCCAAGCUCUGGCUGCGACGGUGGGCCUUUAAGAGAGGCUCAGAGCCCAAGCCAUGCGCCCCGUCCUAUGACUCAGGAGCCUCGGCCCCAGCCACGAAGAGCAGCAGUGGACCCUGGAAGUCUGGCCCGCACUUCUUCUCCACCAUGGAGGACGAGCAGGAGGAUGGCUUUCCAAAUCGGCUGGGUGAGAGUGCAGAGGACCUCAGCCUGGACUUGGAGGCUCUCCAGGGAAGUGUGUAUCUCCAGGACCUGGGCCUGGAGGCCCCCUCGCACAGCCAGCCUGGGGGGGCUCAGGGCAACAGCCCCCCCAGCGAAGAAACAGGAGGAGACUCGCCCUUCACCAGCUCAGUGGAGGCCCAGGGCCUGCUCAAGAGGCGCAGCUGGGAGAGGUCGCGGAGCUGUUCUGAAAACUGGCAGAGGCUCAGCUUUGACGCCUCGGCUGUGGACAAAGGGCCCUGUCUCCCUCGGACACUGGCUAGCUUCGCCCUGAACCUGUCUGGAGAGGGGCUGAAGACUUGGACCCAAGGGUGUCUGCCCGGCGGCAGGACCCCAGCAGAACAGUCACGCAAGGGGUGUGAAAGCCCUGAGAAAAGAGGGCGGUCACGGUCUGUGCCCACAUCCUGUGAUGAGAUCAGCUCCCUGAACAUUGCUCCGGGUCUGGGCAGAGAUGCUCCGCCUGUGCAAGGCCUAGAGCCGCCAGUGCUGGAGUGUGUGGAAAAGGACCACGUGGAGCCGGAUCGCGUGUUGAUGGUCCAGCAAGUGCUUCAUGAACUUCGCCAGUAUCAUGGGGCCCGGCAGAGGGCUCACAUGUCUGCCAGCCCUGGGGGAGCCCACUCCAGCCUCACCUGGUUUGAGUUCCUGUCUGAGAGUGAGGAUGGCUCCUGCAAGAACGAGAAGAGCGACAAGAGCACCAGGGUGAAGCGUAGGCUGAGCUCCCUCCGCAGCCGAGUCACCAGGCAGAAGGAGAAGGGAAAGAGCCCGAUGCAUUUGAAGGACAAGGCCCCGGACGGCCGGGAGAGGCGGGAGUGCAUCAGUGGGCACCAGCUGGUGCAAGGGACCUUCCUGGGCCACUCGAGCUGCCCGCUGUGCGGCAAACCCUUCCUGAGUGCCGCCUCGCUGAAGGAGCACCCUCCGGGCAACCUCCUGUCCGAGGGCAGGAAUGUCGGCAUGACGGUCGCGCAGAGAGGGGGUCCCCAGCCAACACCGGGCCCAGCUGGAACGGGGCCUCGAGUCGGACCAGGCACAGGAGAGAUGGAUGAGGCCGACUCUGUGUUUUUAAAACUGAAGCAGGCAGCCGACGACUCUGUCUCACUCACGUCCUCCAACGCCGAGUCUGUUUUUGUAGAAGACCCCUACACCGCCUCGCUGAGGAGUGAGAUCGAAUCCGACACCCACGAGUUUGAGGCUGAGUCCUGGAGCCUUGCCGUGGACUCGGCAUACGCCAGGAAGCAAAAGAGAGAGGUGGUGAAAAGACAGGACGUCCUGUACGAGCUGAUGCAGACGGAGGCGCACCAUGUGCGCACGCUCAAGAUCAUGUUGAAGGUGUACUCCAGGGCCCUGCAGGAGGAGCUGCAGUUCAGCGGCAAGGCCGUCAGCCGCCUCUUCCCGUGCGCCGACGACCUGCUGCACCUGCACAGCCACUUCCUCGCCCGCCUCAAGGAGCGCCGCCAGGAGGCGCUGGAGGAGGGCAGCGAAAGGAAUUACAUCAUCCAGAAAAUCGGGGACCUCCUGGUGCAGCAGUUUUCAGGUGAGAACGGGGAGAAAAUGAGAGAGAAGUACGGUGUGUUCUGCAGCGGCCACAACGAGGCGGUGAGCCACUAUAAGCUGCUGCUGCAGCAGAACAAGAAGUUCCAGAACUUGAUCAAGAAAAUCGGCAACUUCUCCAUCGUGCGGCGGCUGGGUGUGCAGGAGUGCAUCCUGCUGGUGACCCAGCGCAUCACCAAGUACCCGGUGCUGGUGGAGCGCAUCCUUCAGAACACGGAAGCCGGCACUGAGGACCACGAAGACCUGACCCAGGCCCUGAACCUCAUCAGAGACAUCAUCUCACAAGUGGACGCCACCGUGAGUGAGUGUGAGAAGGGCCAGCGCCUCAAGGAGAUUGCGGGCAGGAUGGAUCUCAAGUCCUCCAGCAAACUCAAGAAUGGGCUGGCCUUCCGCAAGGAGGAUAUGCUGCGGCGGCAGCUCCAGCUAGAGGGCAUGCUGUGCUGGAAGACGGCGUCCGGGCGCCUGAAAGACGUGCUCGCCGUGCUGCUGACUGACGUGCUGCUGCUGCUCCAAGAGAAGGACCAGAAAUACGUCUUUGCUUCUGUGGACUCGAAGCCCCCGGUCAUCUCCUUACAAAAGCUCAUCGUGAGAGAAGUAGCCAAUGAGGAGAAGGCCAUGUUUCUGAUCAGCGCCUCCCUGCAAGGGCCUGAGAUGUAUGAGAUCUACACCGGCUCCAAAGAGGACAGGAACGCCUGGAUGGCCCACAUCCGCAGGGCCGUCGAGAGCUGUCCUGACGAGGAGGAGGGGCCCUUCAGUGAGGCUGAGGAGGACAGGAAGGCGCUGGAGGCCCGCGCUGGGAGACUCAGGGACUUCCAAGAGCGCCUGAGCCUGCAGGACCAGCUAAUCUCCCGGAGCCUGGCGGAGAAGCAGCACAUCUACCUAGAGAUGGCCGAGCUGGCCGGCCUGGAAGACACCACUGCCCACUGCAGGGCCCUCUGUCGUGGCGGGGACCCCUCCGAGACCCUGCAGGGGGAGCAGAUCCUGAGGUCCGCCAUGACUGAGAUCGAGGGCAUCCAGAGCCUGAUCUGCGGGCGGCUGGGCGGCGCGAUCAGCCAGACGGAGGACGGAGGCAGCUCUGCGGGCCUGCCCCGCAGGGCCGAGACCUUCGGGGGCUACGACAGCACGAGCAGCCCCAGCAAGAAUGGCAGCUUUAAGAAGAAAGAUAACGACCCCAGGCCACGAGACUGGCGAGGCCCCAUGAGCAUCCCAGACCCAAAGCUGUGCGAUGGCGAGGCCCCGGGGGGCUCCGAGGAUGCCCCGCAGGCGGUGGAGGCGCCGGGCACAGAGGCUGGCCCCAGACUGCCCAUCACCCUGGAGGCAGAGCUUGUCGAGCGCGUCCAGACGCUGUCCCAGCUGCUCCUCAGCCUCCAGGCGGUCAUCGCGCAGCAGGACAGCUACGUAGAGAUGCAGCGGGUAGCCAUCCAGGAGCGCGAGCAGCAGUUCCGGCUGCAGUCGACGCGCGGGAACAUGCUGCUGGAGCAGGAGCGGCAACGCAACUUCGAGAAGCAGCGGGAGGAGCGGGCGGGCGUGGAGAAGCUGCAGAAUCAGCUGCGGCAGGAGCAGCAGCGCUGGGAGCGCGAGCGCGAGCGCCAGCGGCAGGAACUGGAGCGGGCGGGCGCGCGGCUGCAGGAGCGCGAGGACGAGGCGCGGCAGCUGCGCGAGCGGCUGGACCAGGAGCGCGCCGAGCUGGAGCUGCAGCGCCAGGCCUACCAGCACGACCUGGAGCGCCUGCGCGAGGCCCAGCGCGCGGUGGAGCGGGAGCGCGAGCGCCUGGAGCUGCUGCGCAGACUCAAGAAGCAGAACACGGUUCCCGGGGCGCUGCCGCCCGAGGCGCUGGCGGAGGCCCAGCCUCCCAGCUUCAACGGGGAAGGGCUGGAGGCGCCGGGGGCCCUGGCCAAAGCCACGGGGCCCCGGGUCAGCAUGCUGGUGCCAGGCGCCGGGCCUGAGUAUGUGGAGCGGCCUGAGGUGGCUCGCAGGGACAGCGCCCCAGCCGAGAGCCGGCCGGCCAAGAGCGACGUGCCCAUCCAGCUGCUCAGCGCCACCAACCAGAUCCAGAGGCAGACGGCCGUGCAGCAGCAGAUCCCCACCAAGCUGGCCGCCUCCACCAAGGGCAGCAAGGACAAGAGCAAGAGCAGGGGCUCCCAGCGCUGGGAGAGCGCAGCCUCCUUCGACCUGAAGCAGCAGCUGCUUCUCAACAAGUUCAUGGGCAAGGAGGAGAACACCGCACGGAGCCGCCGCUCACUCAGCCCCAUCCUGCUCAGCAGCCAGGGCUCCGCGUCCCCCACAGACUCCAGCUUCCCGGCCCCGAGCCCGACCCUGGCCGACGUGACCCCCGAGGGCUUCUCGCCAAAGGCAGGGGGCCCAUCCUUCCCAGUCCCCUCGCCACUGCCGGCCACGCCACUCAGCGCCAAGGAGGAAGCCAGCAAGGAAGACGUCAUUUUCUUCUGAAGAGUGUGGCGUGAGGCGUACGCCCCUCUCCCUGCCCUGCCAUUCCCCUGUGCCCUCGGGGGACCUCCGAGGGGUGGCCUGCCCACCCAGCUGCCCCUCCCCUCCCAAGUUCGCCCUGGACGACCGCCUGGCUGAGUGGGCUGUUGGUGCUCCGAUCGCAUGUCCUGGCAACUUUCUCCACCUAGGUUUCUUUUUUUAUAAAAAGGAAAGUUUUUAAUCGAAAGUUGGACCUGAGCUAAGCCAAGAAGCUGCUUUCGGCCACAGCACCCCCCUUCAGGUGGGGGAGAGGUGGAGCCAGGCUAUGUGUCCACGCAGCGAGGGACAGUGCAUGUUCCACAAGGCACCCGAGGGCAGGCCAGACCUCAGCCUAGAGAGCUGCUGGCCGCAGCAUGGCUUCACGGCCACCAGGAGCCGCUGGAGCCAAUCACCAGGGCACCACAUGGGGCUGGUGGCAUUGGCCAGACACCCACACAGGUUCACGGAGAACCUCGACACGGAUGGGACACCUCCUGCCCGGGGACAAGAACCGGGGGCACGUCUGGAGCUGUGGUGGGCAGACCUCAUGCUUCACCCAGAGCCACCACCCUGGGGAAGAGGGUCCUGCACCCCCAUGGACUGAGCAGGUCUUCCCGGGGCUGCUGGGAGAAAGCCCCUAGUGGCAGGGUGGUGGGGAGGAAGCACCUUGAGACGAUGGCCUGACUCCCCUGAAGGAGCUGGGUAGUGGUCCCGGACUGGUCGGAUCCAGAGCCAGCUCUGCCCAGGGCAGAGCAGGGGGCAACAGGCAUCGGCAAGAGGGUCCUGGACUGGCCAUACUGUGGCCCCUGGCAGGGCCAGGCUGCUGAACCCAGCAGCUGGGGACCGCAGGCCUUCUCCCAGCAUCUCCUGCCUCCUGUGAUGCCCUACAGGGAUGUUCCCACCAGCUGGGGCCAGGUGAGCACAGGGGCAAAGUGCUCACCUGAACAUCUGACCCAGUGGCCGUGACACCUGAUGGGUGCUGCAGGCCCCGGAGGGAUGGCCAGGUGCGGGUGCUGGCCUUGGUGGCAGCACGGUGACAGGUGCUGAGCGCAGCAGUUCUCAAUGUCCUGAGGCCAGCAAGUGGCGUCCCCAUCCCGGGUCCUUUCCCAUUGCCAGCACGCUCCAUCCGGUGCCCUGGGCAUGCCCACCGGCCCGCAGACCCUGUCCGUGCCAUGUUUGUAACAGUGUUUUGUAUUUUUGUACUGAGAAGUAUUGGAGCACUUUAGAAAAGCUGACUUAGGAGUUCCCGCCCCCUCCCCCAGGCUCGGCUCCGCCAUGCGUGGUCCAGCAGCACCGCGCACCCCUCUUCUGUCGCCAGCACCCCUCAGUCACUCCUGGGGGUGCCCCGUGUCGGUGACAUCAACAGCCGAGCCAGUGUGCGCGUCCCCGUGAGCUGUGGCCCUGACCGUAGUCAGCCUGAUCCUUCCGUCUCCUCCCCGUGGGCUGUCUGGGAACCACCUUAGAGCUUCAGACCCGAUUCUAGCAAUAAAGGUGUCUCAUUGGGCUCCGA